GUUUUUAUUUUUUUAUCAUGUUUUUCCCAAACCUUACCAAAUUACAUCAAAUUGGUUCGGUAUUUUUCGCUUAGGUACAAUUCUUUCGGUCGACACUAAAAGGGUUAAUGAAAAAUAAAGCAAUAAAAAUUUAAUAAUAAAAAUUGCAUGACAAUAAUACAAUGCCUAGAUCAUGACAUGAAAUGAAUGGGACAGGUAAUAUUAUAUUAUACUAAUUAUUGAUCUAUAUAAUUAUCUAAAAUUCGAGAUGAAAUUUAGAAAUUUUAGAUUUAACUUCUUAGAACCGCAAUGAAUCGUAGAUAUGAGCUUUUGUUGUAUGUGUAAAGAUGAGAUUUAUUAUAUUCAUCACUUUUUAUUUUUUAGAUUGCACUUUCUAUUUAUAUUAUUUGUUCGUAUAAUUUAAGCUACUAUUAAAGCAAAAUAGAAUAAGCCGGCUUAAAAAGUAUCAAAGCCAACUCAGUGUUGCUAUAAAUAUUACCGUCUAUUGUCUGACAUCCUGUCAAUCUGUCAAUGAAACCAGGGCACAUUCUUUUUUACAGUAUACGUUUUUGUUGCCAGUCUGGCAAUCGGACCAAACCUUAAUAUCUUAUAAAUAGGAUACAAUAAAGUCCAUGUUGUCGAAUGUCUGAACGCCAAGAUUCUACAUGUCAAAAAUAUGAAUUACCAAAAUCAUUGCAAGGUACAGAGGAUGCCGAGUUCGUCUGGAACAUGAUAACCGAAAGAUUUCCAAAUGCGGCACCGCUUUUAUGCGAAAUGGAGACGGUUAUCGAUCGAGCCGAAGAUCUUCUUCAGCAAUUACGAGCACCUUGUCGUGAAAUUGGUAGAUCGCGAUUAUUUAUAUAAGAUUUCAUUCAUUUUUUUUUAAUUAUCCAUGAGUUCUAGUAUUAAAAAAGAUGUCUCACUUUAUGAUUCGAUAGAAACAUCUACCUCUUUCUUUACACAAGAUUCAGAAGACUCAACUGUAAUGUUUUCCGCUAGGGGAUCGGUAAUCACUGAAAAUGACACUAUAGAAGAAAGUGAUGCAAUAAGUAAGAACGUGGCCGAGAUACAAGUUUCAGAAAGCAGUAUCGACGAACGAGAAGUUAACCUAAUUGAUGAAACUCAAAAUUUGGUUACUAAAGAACAAGAUAUAGGAAAUCAAUCUAGUGACUCGCUGAUCAUGAAUAGUUCUACUACGCAGAAGUUUUCAAGCGAUGAAUCUGCUUCUCUCAACGUUGAAACAACCGAGGUGCAAUCUGUUAAAAAAACAAUUAACAUGUUCGAAAAACGAGCCAAUUUCGAAGAAACUAAAAUGGAAAGCCACAGUAUAAAAAAACACGAGGAUUCUUGUAUUACAUUGCACCGCCAAGAAACAUGUGCUGACGUUGGUGAUUUCGUUGUGGAAAUUGGCUCCCAUCGAACCGCAAGUCAAAAAUUUAUCGUCGAUAAAUAUGAUGCGAUAAAUCUUUCGAUUCAAGGUAGCGGUGACGACAGUUCAUCGAAAAUCGUUAGUCAAAGAACGCCAUUAAACAUUUUAGAGGCAUAUGCAAAACGUUGCAAAAUACCAGUUGAAUAUGAAUACACAAGCGACUGUUCACAUCGUCACAAAUCUAACGUCUAUGUAAUACGUGGAAAUCUCGCUGGAUUUGCUGCAACAUCUAGAGGUUUAACCGAAGAAUCAACAAAGAACGACUUAGCCGCGAAAAUUUUACAAAUGAUUGCGAAUAAGGAGAUGAAGGACGAAAAGCUCGGUGCUCUCGUGGAUCUUACACAGGAAGAACUGUUGGAAAUAAUUAAUCUAGGCACGGACGGUCUGAGAGAAACAGCUCAAAGAAAGUUAUAUCAACUUUGUCUUAAAAAAGGAGUUCCAGUUCCAAAGUACUGUGUGGAAAAAAUGAAAACUUAUCAGGGUUUGACUUACGUCGCUACUUGCUCUGCGUUAGGCUACAUCAGCGAAGGCCGUGGUGUGAGAGAGUGUGUGGCAAAGAAAGCAGCCGCUGACGAGUUGUAUCGUCAAUAUUGUGAGGAUCAGAAAGCAGAGUCGAAGGUAAGCUUCCUUAGUCUUGUAAUCCAUGCGUAUUACAGAGAUCAGGAUUCUAGUGAUCUGUAUUUAUUAUAUUAUAUUUUCUACCUGUAGUUCUCUUUUCUUUUAAUUUCUGCUUUACAAUUUGUCUAGCUGGACAUUUAGUAAAUUUGUCUAACCUUAUUACUAAAUAACGUGUGGAUGCUUACUCCCAGUGGGAUACCAUCUUCCAGUUUGUCUAUUUUAUUUCUUUAGUGAGGUCAGUAGGAUGAUUUUUUCUUAGUCUUCUUCUUAUAUGGGGUUUGCUCGUUUCAGCAGCCAGCUGGUUUCGACGUGUUGCUAUUCUUUCAUUGUAUUUAUUUGCGUAUCUGCCGAUUAUUUGUAGUUCAUCGGGAUUUCGCCAACGAUUUUUCCAC